AUGAACUCAAUCGGUUACGUUCCCAAUAUGUCCAAUCUUCGGUUUAGCAUUGAACGAAUUUUGGGAAAGCCAAACGAUAAUAUUAAUAUGGCUUCCGUUUCUGGGCCGUUUAUACCGUUCAAUAUCACGUCAUCUUCAAACUACUGUCUACUAUUUGACCAGUUACGACAGAUUCAACAAUCCAGCUGUGGUACAACGGUUUUUGUGCCGAACCAUCCGAAAACUGUUGUAAAAACUCGUGCAGGCGAAAAUCCGAAAGAAAUUCCACGACGGAUUGGGCAUCCGUAUCAGAGUCGUGCACCGCCGAAGCAUAAAAAUUUACGAACUUCGUUUUCUAAACAACAGAUUGCGCUACUAGAAGCCAGAUUUGAUGAGCAAAAGUAUUUGGGUUCUAAAGAACGUUCAUUGUUAGCAUCGGAACUUCAGAUGAGCGAUUGCCAGGUGAAAACGUGGUUUCAAAAUCGGCGGACAAAAUGGCGGUAUGUAUUUAGAAAAAUUUUUAACAGAAAAAAAUUAUAUAUAUUUUUUAACUUAUUUCACAAAUCAGUAUGUACUGUUAAAUUUGCUGCUACAUCAAUUUUUUUUUUUUUUUUUGCAAAAGAUAGCAUAAAAGUAACUUUUAUGUUGGUCUAUUAUCGUUUCGUGCUGUUUAUCUAGUA